AACUCACUGCAAAAUAGGCUACUUCUACUUUACAUCCAGGGCAAUCUUUCGGAGAGCUCACAAAGGUUUACAGUCGAAUAUUUCAAAGGAAAAGAAACAGGUGAGACUAAAGCCAAUGUGGUGUUAAGAAGAGUCAAUGAUGGAUUCUCCAUUGCAAGAAGAGGAGGAAAAUGCAAAUGCUCAUCUUAACAUAGGACGAGUGUUGUCAGAGUCACACAUUCCUGAUAGGAGUGAGGGACACCCCAGACCAGACUCGUCACCUCCAUUGGCAUCCUCCUCAGGAGUCAGACCAGAGACAGAGACACUGGUACAGAGAGACUUCAGAAAACACAGAGCAGGAGCAUAUUCAGCUGAUGCAUGGAAAAACACACCUGCAGGUCAGCCUGCAGGGAGUGGACCUUUGGCAGGACUGCCGGCACCCCUACGGCAGACAUCAGCACAUUCUACAAUGCAUAACGUCAUGAUGAGUCCCGGCCCAUCAGCUGGAGACCCAAAGAGAGUAACAGACAUAAAGGUUGAAGAUUGUGAAGGACACCCCAGACCAGACUCACCACCUCCACUGGCAUCCUCCUCAGGAGUCAGACCAGAGACAGAGACACUGAUACAGAGAGACUUCAGACAACACACAGCAGGAGCAUAUUCAGCUGAUGCAUGGAAAAACACACCUGCAGGUGAGCCUGCAGGGAGUGGACCUUUGGCAGGACUGCCGGCACCCCUACGGGAGACAUCAGCACAUUCUACAAUGCAUAAUGUCAUGAAGAGUCCCGGCCCAUCAGCUGGAGACCCAAAGAGAGUAACAGACAUAAAGGUUGAAGAUUGUGAAGGACACCCCAGACCAGACUCAUCACCUCCACUGGCAUCCUCCUCAGGAGUCAGACCAGAGACAGAGACACUGAUACAGAGAGACUUCAGACAACACACAGCAGGAGCAUAUUCAGCUGAUGCAUGGAAAAACACACCUGCAGGUGAGCCUGCAGGGAGUGGACCUUUGGCAGGACUGCCGGCACCCCUACAGCAGACAUCAGCACAUUCUACAAUGCAUAAUGUCAUGAAGAGUCCAGGAACAUCAGCUGGAGACCCAAAGGGAGUUAAGAUACAGGACAUAAAGGAUGGAGAUCAUAAAGGCAACAAUGCAAACAAAGAAGAUGAUGAUAAUCAUUUGGAUGAUGACACUUUCUUUUGGGAUGCCUCAGAUGGAAGUGACAUGGGUAACUAUUUAAAGACAUACAAGGCAGAGGAACAUUGGCAAGUUCUGAGUGAAAUUGCACCUGGGGCUGAAACUGUUGCCACUUUGAAGGUUCUUGCUAUUCUACGAAAGGGGAUCAUUCUUGGACCUCGGGACAAGUUGUUCUUGAUUAUAGAUGGAACUACCAAGAUAUCCAUGGACAUUGUUUGGUAUGAGGGAGUCGGUUCCAUGUUAAGUUGUUCACUUUCUGUAUGGAAAGAGAAAGGAAGAUACCUUGCAUACACUUACUGUCUUGAAAGGAAUGGUAAAAAAACAUGUGAAGAUGCAAGGACAAAAGGAUGGUUUUCUUUUGCUAAAUGCUUUGCUCUCCGAAGGCCAUUCAGAAGUAUUGUGGACACUGACACAGUUCUUUACCAGUUUGAUGAUAUUUGCAUGAAGAGCCCAACGUGGAGAGGCAAUUCUACAAAGAUUGAUGAAGUGCGGCCCGACUUCCUCAAGGCAGUAAUGCUUCACUUGAUGAACUGCCAAAAUGCAGACUUUCCUGACUUACAAUACAGAAUAGAAUGUUUUCAGCAUUCUGUAAAGACAAGAGUGAUUUGUAGCUCUAAUAGAGAAGAUGAGGUCAUAUUCCCAAACCUGGAUGUAAAGGUGCUCACAAAAGCUCUUCAGGAAGCAUUGCUGAUGCAGGAACCCGAUUCACCAAUUCAAAAAGUCCUAGUGGCUGCAGUCAUUGCUAAGCAGCUUGGACUUCAACUUGACCACAACACAGUUCAGCAUAUUUCCAAAAUGGUGAAAAUCAGUGGCAACAUCCAAGGGACUCUCACGGGUCUUGAUGACUCAGUGCGCUGUUGCAUUGCCAGUUCUCUACAUCAUGUUGUGAACAUGGCAAGGAGACAGAAGUCAUCGAAGGAGGUUUUGUGGCUUACAGCUCUGUACUAUGCAGUCUGUCCACCAGAGCAUAAACAGACCCUUGUCACCAGUGGGCUCUAUAAUGGGCAGGUACAAAGUGAUCUGGUAGAAAUUGUUGACACCUAUUCAAUGAAGACUGGCAAUCAGAGGGCUUUUGCCUCUGCAGUUUUAGAGAUGUUUUCUCCAACAAAUGGUGAUCUUCGGGUUUUGUCCAAACUAAAUCUUUCACCAAAGGACCUCUUGGAACAGUUAUCAACAUGGCAGAUGGAUCAUGCGUUUCAUACCCUGCAUGAGGUGAUUAAAAAAAUAGCCUCAGUGAUUAAGCCAUGGGUGGAAUCAAGUUUACAGAGUCGUGCUUCCUUUGACAUGAUGAAGAAAGAUAUUCUGUCUUGUUUGGAACUAACAAUGAACAUCUUUAAGAAGGCUACUGGACAGUGGACAUAUAUAGAGAAUGUCUAUUCAGUUCUUCACCUGUUAAGCUCAUUCAGUGGCUGCCUAAACUGGAUUGAAGGUGAUAAGCGUUUGCAGAAACUAAGCAAAGACACUUGUUCUGCCAUUAUUCCUUGUAUGACAUCAUGCAUCAAAAAGGUGCUCCUUCAAAGGACACAAAUGGACUGGACCAAACUGUAUGAGAUACAGUGUGAUAUCUGGCAGGAUGACUGGGAGAGAAACCUGAAAAAACUAUUCACAGACUGGCUACAAAAAGAGACGGAAGUCAAGCUCGUUGAGCUCUUUGCGAAGACCCCACAUUGCCCACAUGCAAUGAAUGAAUGUUUGUUAAGACAGGUCACCAAAGCUAUCAGCAAGCUCUAUGGCAAGGACGACAAGAACAGAUAUAUACACUCGAGGAAUCAACAAGCAUUGGGAAGUGAAAGUCUUAUGGAAAUUGUAUCGACUUGCCAAAGAUAUGGAAUAUUGAUGAGUUUGAUCAUUGAAAACAUAUCUGAAGAUAGAAGAUGGCAUCCUAGUGAUUACCUUCAUGUACUUUAUAAUGUCAAAAUUACUGAGCUUUUCAAAACUUUGGCAUUGCGGCAGAACGAGGAGGCCAACUACAGGGAACCCCUCUCAUUAAAAGCAAAGGAGUUCAUACAGGAUACUCACACAUUUCUGGAGAGGUUACCCGAAUACAUUGUCAGCAAGUCAAUCUCCUGCCAACAAAUGUCAUAUAUAAUUGAUAGAAAAAAACAACCCAACACAUAUACUAUGGUUAUGGGGCAAAACUUGAAGUCCUACAGUGAAGCACUGCAAGAGGCAGAGAAGGAUUUCAAGUCUUUCCGAGAAAUGCAGUGCAACAUGAGGGCACUCUACAAUAUUUGCCAAGGAUCACCAGUGGAUAUACAGCCACUUAAAUCAACAAUGCUAUGCGAUUUGUCCACUGAGAAACAUUCUCUGAAAAACAUGAUGGAAAAGCUGUCCCCAACUUCUGAUUCAGAAGAGAGUGCACAGUUCAACAUCCAGGUGUUUGAAAAGAUUGGUAUUCUAUCUGAUAGCACAUAUUUCAAACACAUUUGGAGGAAGAUAGCAAAGGAUGUUAAGUUAUCAGAGUUUGAGGAAGUGUCUUUAAUUCCACUAAAUCAAGUCUACAGAAUGAUUUAUAAACCAGCAAUAGAGGAAUUCAAAAAUUCCCAUGAAAUGCUGAUGAACCUGUUAAUGACUCUUGAAGACCUGGAGAAUAAAAUGGGGACAUUUCUGAAGAAAGAUGCCCAUAAGAAGGAAUUGCAGCACAUGAACAGAUUUUUCAGUGAAGACUCCAUCCCUGGUUGGGUUGAAAAUACAUGUGAACAUAUCAAACGGUACCAAGAGCUUCACUCUGCUGUUGAAAAUGCAAAAGUGGUCAAUGACCUCAAGGACAGUCUUGGUCUACAAGGAGAUUUCCUUUCUAUUGGAAACCUUCAAGUAAUGAGUCAUACGUGUUUGCGUGAUCUGACACUAGAGAUGCACAAAGCAGGAGAAAUAGUGAAAAAGUUUCCACCCUAUGUCAUCAGUUUCCUAAAAGAACUAAGCAAAUGUGUGGAAAAAGGAUUCAUAUCUUGGAUCAAAGAGAUCAUCAAAGAUACUGGAGAGCUAUCUGCAUUUGUGGAACUGGCGUCGAUCUCUGCUGGAGAAAAUGCCCUGGAUAUCGACAAAGUGUGUUACUUUAGAGAUGCCAUUUCUGCUGCUGCACCCCUAAUUUAUGGAUUAACGGAAAAGUCUGGAUUCACCGAAUUCAGAGAUGCAGUGAGAGAAGUUCAGUCGGAACUUCUAAAUGACAAAAAGCUUGAGGAAAAGCUGAGAGACUCCUGCAAGAACAGAGACUGGCUUGAGAUAGCUUAUGAGACACAUGGGUCUGUGGAGAGGUCAUCUUUGCGUCAGGCAACAGAUAUCAAUGAAAGUGGAAUCUACACCAUCAGAAGGCCUUCAGGGAAAACCAUGGUGACUCUGGAAAAUUGCAUUGCUCUAAAAUGUAAAGAAGUGUCUUCCGAUGGAAAUAGUAAAUAUAGGGAUUACAGCCUGACUGAACUCAAGGAACUCCAGAACAAACUAAUGCUGAUCACGGUCACUCAUGACAACAGAGAAGAUGGCAUCACAAAUUAUGUGGAGGUAUUGGAGCACGUAAUCAAUGUCGGAACAUCCUUCCUUGAACUCUGCGAUGCUGGUCAUGUUCUUUUCAAAGACUGGGAGAUGACAGCCUACUGUAAGCGUGAGCGGGAAACCAAAAUCUGGGUGAACUUUGGAAUCACCAACGUGAAAAUCAAAGGACAAAGACCUCUGCUAAAGGAGCUGAAGGGACUCUGUGACAGCAUGAAGUGUUGCCUCUCAGAGUGGCUGAAGUAUGUGGAGACAAAAAGGAAUAAAUACUAUUCCCUGAAUUGUUUCACAGCAAAGCAGCUGAUGAAUCUGUGCUGCUCAAUGGCAGAAGUACAACACAAACACGAAAUUAGUGCUAGUUUGCUCAACAUGUUGUCCGUCAUGAAAGAGGACAUCACAGACGAAGAUGUAAAGGAUGCUCUUAACGAUGCACUCCAGACCCCAGUUGAAGACAGUGGAACACAAGGUUCAGCCCUGCUCAAAAAGUUCCUUUACAUUUAUCCAGAUCACUUAGAAUAUUUCAUAGGGUUUGGACUUCCUGAGAAAGUGGGCAAGGCAGGAAUAAUGUAUUGUGAACAGCAAGCACACGAGGGAGGGAGAAGUCCAGAAGACAUUGAUGAAUAUAGAGAUUUUGUGAUGGAACAUAUUGAUGAGCAUCAAGAUGAUGAUGAUUGGGUCCGAGAAUGGAGUGAAAAAUAUGAGAAAGCAAAAGAUGAUGUGCUUGGUAGUCAAAUGAAAUUCAAAGGGGGGCACUCCUCUGAUCAAAUGUCAUCUUUUGCAAUGACACAGGAUGAGAUUUCAACAAUGUUUGAAAACUUAAACCACACGGAUGAUAAGAUUGUGAUGCUUUGGAAGACAUACCACAACAAACUUUCAGGACUUGUGUCAGAUAAAUUUGUGGAUUUAGAUGUGUUGGGAGAAACCAUACAGCAUAUAGCUAAUUCUUCAACAGCCGUAGUACAACGAAAACUACCGUUUGGCUUGGAAGCUGGAAAACCAAAUCUCAUCUCCUGUAAAUAUGUUGAAAUGGCACCACUUUGUCUGUCAGUGUACAAAGAUGAAGAACAGCCUCUGCCAAGCUAUGACGAGAUCCUGAUCUGCACACCUGAGACAACAGCAGAGGAGGUUGAGCUGAUCCUCAGAAGAGCUCUCCAGUCUGGCAACAUACAUGAGAAGAUCUACAGUUUGCUGAAUGCAGACAAACUCAAUCAUGAGGUCUCAAGAAAACUGGAGUCCACAUACUACAAUCUAUCGAAAACGCAAGAUAGUGCAGCCACAGAAAAUUACAGGUUGAUCAUUUGUUGUGAUUCAAAAGCCAGUCAUAGUUAUGUUGCUACUGCCUUUGACAAUUUCAAAAGAACACUUUCGGAGAACCCACGCCGAAAUCAAGAGAUUAAACUGUACCUUAAGGCUCAACACAAAUUGCCCUCUGGGGCUGAAAAGGGAUUUGGAAAAUUACACCGCUUUCAGCUCUUUCCACAAAGGACCAAACUUGUCUUCUCAGAGCAUGCUGGCAUGGGAAAAUCACUUUACGUGAAAAGUCUUGUGAAUGCAAUGAAAGAACUGAAAGAGGAAGACUUCACCCAUGAAACCAUCAGACUUACUGAAUCACAGCUGAGACCAGAACACAUUAUCCAGAAGUUUCAGAUAUAUGAGGACAAGCCCACUGACACAGUGCCAAGGAUAUUCCACUUUGAUGUUCCCCCUGUGGUAUCCAAGGGUCUUUACUCAUUCCUGCUCCAGCUGUUUGUAUUGAGAUGCUUUCAGAGCCCAGACGGAUCCAUGUGGAGGUGCAACAACUCCCAUGUGUACUUGGUGGAAUACACAAGACGAACAAAUAGAGAAUGUGAUAGACAUAACUCUGAGAUUCCCACCAAAAUGGAAGAGGCAUUUCUGGAAAUGUUCCCAAAUGUCAAAUGCCUGUCGCCAGAGGAGACACAUAAGUACCUGUCUGAAGGAGGAUCAUCUGAUGAGGAGUAUCAGUUAAUGGAUCAGGCAGAAUUUUCCAGUGAAGCCUUUCAGCGGACAUACCAAUACUUCAAAAGAUAUGAACAGAACCAGCUUGAGAAUUUUUCAUUUGAACGUUUUUCAUGUGAGGAUACCCCUAAGGAGUGGUUACAAUGCCUCAUGCGUUACUGUGACAACAGAACACCCUCAUGGGGAGAACUCAGAAACUUCACACACUUCCUCAAUAUGCAGUUAAAGAAAUGUGAGCAAUCAAUCUUCUGCAGUGACAUCUUAAGUCAAGACCUUACUGGCUUCAAGAAAUUUGUUGUGAAAUUCAUGAUAACAAUGUCCAAGGAUUUCUCCAUGCGAUCACUAAUGAUAAGUGAUGAAAGUACUGAGAAAGAAAUGAACACUGAUGAAGAUGUUGAUCUACAAGAUUUCCAACUCAGAAGACGUUGGGAACAACAAGCUCACCCCUACAUCAUGUUUAAUGCUGACAACAAUUCCAUGACAUUUCUGGGGUUCCACAUUCAUAACUUGAAUGCCAUCGAUUCUCGUACUGGAGAGAUUGUAGAACAGAAGGUGAUUGACAGAGUGCUUUUUCACCAGUUGAGGACACAAAGGGUUCCAUUUAAUAUAGAGUUUGAGAUACUUCCACGGAAAGAACAGCUGGACAUCAUAAGUAGAGUUCUAGGUGUCAUCAACGUCACAGAUCCAGAUGACACCUAUCAGCUGACACUUGACAAUGUGAUGAAAAUCCUUGCCAUUCAUCUGCGAUUUGAGUCUGACAUCCCUGUCAUCAUCAUGGGUGAAACUGGAUGUGGGAAAACUCGACUGGUGCAGUUCAUGUGUGAUCUGCUGAGGUCUGGGAAAGAGGGCAAAAAUAUGAUUGUGGUGAGGGUUCAUGGAGGCACAACAUCAGAAACAAUUUACAAAAAAGUUAAAGAGGCUGUUGAGAUUUCAAAACGGAAUGAGGCUCUAGCAAUGGACACUGUUCUGUUUUUUGAUGAGGCAAACACAACAGAAGCUGUGAAUGCAAUCAAGGAAGUUAUCUGUGACAAAUCUGUGAAUGGAGAACCAAUUGAUGCACGUCGUCUAAAAAUCAUUGCGGCAUGCAAUCCCUAUAGGAAACACUCACAGGAAGCCAUUGAACAACUGGAGAAAGCUGGCCUCGGGUACCAAGUAAAGUCUGAGAAUACAGAAGAGAAACUAGGACAAAUUCCAAUGAGGCAGCUGGUCUACAGAGUUCAGCCUUUACCUCCAAGUCUUUCACCACUUGUCUGGGACUUUGGAAAAUUAAAUGAGAAGACACAAGAGCUGUACAUCCAACAGAUGGUUAAAACAUUCUUCCAAAAAGAAAAACUUCCAAAAGAGCAUGAGUCCCUAUUCACAAAUGUUAUCUCUGCUUCUCAGAUGCACAUGGCUGGUUUAACUGAUGAAUGUAGGAUGGUCAGUCUGAGAGACAUUGAGCGCUGCAUGAAAACAGUCAUGUGGUUUUAUCAGCAAAAGGUCACAUUAUUCCCUGAAAUGGACAAACAUAGUAAUAGUACCAAUAUAGGUGUACAUGAGUUGGUUCGAUCCCUCAUCCUUGCAAUCGGAGUUUGCUACAUGGCAUCUCUUGAAAAUCGUGAUGCAUAUCUGGAAAAGGUUGCCGAGGAAUUACUAUUGACUUCUGAGGCUAUCAGCACUGAGAUAGAGUCAUGCAAAAAAGUGUUCAUUGACCAUGUUGACUGUCCAGGUUCUGUGGCAAAGAAUGAUGCCCUGAAGGAAAAUGUGUUCAUGAUGGUUGUUUGCAUGAAUUUGAGAAUUCCAUUAUUCCUUGUUGGUAAACCAGGGAGUUCCAAAUCGUUAUCCAAGACUAUUGCUGCCCAUGCAAUGCAGGGGAAAAGCUCCCAAAGUGAACUCUUCAAAGGCUUCAAAAAAGCCCAGCUUGCUUCCUUUCAGUGCAGCCCUCACUCUUCCCCCGAUGGUAUCAUCUCUGUGUUCAGACAGUGUACACAGUUUCAGAGGGAGAAGAAUCUAGAUGAAUAUGUCUCUGUGGUGGUCCUUGAUGAAAUUGGACUGGCAGAAGACUCCCCAAAGAUGCCUUUGAAAACACUGCACCCACUUUUGGAAUUUGGUUGCAUUGAUGAUGAGCAACCUGAAGACUUCAAAAAGGUUGCAUUCAUUGGGAUUUCCAACUGGUCACUGGAUCCAGCAAAGAUGAACAGAGGUAUUCUGGUCCUGAGAACAUCUCCAGAGUUUGAAGAGUUGGAGAACACAGCUCUUGCUAUAUGUCCCCAUGAUGAAAAGCACAUACUCCCUGAAAUUAAGAUACUCAUUUCUUCACUUACUGAGUUUUACCAAAAGGUGCUUUGUGAACAGGAACAGUUCGGUGAAUUCUUUGGACUCAGGGACUUUUACAGUCUCGUUAAGCUAAUUGUGUCAUAUGCCAUAGAAACAAAUGGAAGACCUUCAAAUGAGGAGCUUACCAAAGCUGUUCAGCGGAAUUUUGGUGGAUUUGAUUCCAUUGAUAUUCUUAAAAUAUUCGGGGAUGUUUUUGGUCAGAAAACAGAAAAAUGUGACACAAUUUCUUUGCUUAGAGAAAACCUGAUGAUAUGCACAUCAGGUUUUACAUCCAGGUAUCUUCUCUUACCAACAACAAACCAUGCAGCACUACAAAUUCUGAAACUGCAGGGAAUUAUCAAUGAAGAAAGCACUGAGGUCAUCUUUGGAUCUGGAUUCCCACAUGAUGAAGAGUAUUCCCAGGUGUGUCGCAUUGUAAACAGAGUGAAGACAUGCAUGGAGACAGGGAGAGCAGUCAUACUGCUGAAUAUUCAGAGUCUCUAUGAGAGUCUCUACGAUGCCCUGAAUCAAUGCUAUGUGAAGUUAGGGGGCAGUUACUAUGUAGAUCUUGGGCUUGGGUCCCAUCGUGUGAAGUGUAGAGUAAAAGAUGAGUUCCGACUCAUUGUCAUUGAAGAGAAGAGCACAGUAUAUAAACAGUUCCCUACUCCACUUCUGAACCGUCUGGAGAAACACUGUGUGGAGAUCAGCAAUAUCCUCCCACCCUAUGCGAAGGAAAUGCAGAAUGAACUGGAGAACUGGUUGAAGACACUUGUGACAACUGACAUGUAUCAAUCGGAAGAAGUGGCAGACAUCUCGAGGAAAAAGCAUGACUGCAUUAUAGGAUACACCGAAGACACGUGUGCAUCUGUGCUAUUACAGUGUUGUCCAGACAUUGUUUCCAGACAUCAGGAACGGCAUGAUUCAGACAGAACUGAUGAACUGGAUGAUUCUGACGGAAAAGAAAUUCUUGACUUGGCCAAGGAAAAGCUACUUCAGUGUGCAACUCCUGAUUCAGUGUUGAAAGCAUCAAAGUAUACUUGUGCAAUUCAUGACAUCUUGCUUGAGGUAUAUUUUGUCAAACAGCCUCAUGGGAAUAUGAUAAAGACCCUGAUGAAAUACAGAGAAUACCCCAAAGGACUUAAUAUUGAGGUGUCCACAUUUUCCCGUCUCCUGAAUAAAAGAGAUCUGGAGCAAAUCAACAACCAACUCAACAUUGGAGAAAAUGACUCUUGCCUCUACCUGCUCAAUGAGUUUUACACAGAGCAGUCAUUUACUCAGACACUGAGAGACUUCCUUGUAGCUGAUACAGGAGCACGCAAGCUGGUACUAUUGCAGUCUUACUUUGAAUGUGCAAAACAAAGUCAGCGCAUUCUAUUUUGUGUAAGACAUAAUAUAACUCACCUGAGAAGCGUGAUGAAGGACACACCUGAGUUUGAUGUUGUUCUUAUCACAAGAUUACCAAGAAUUUCAGGAGGAUGUGGCUACAUUGCUUCUUUUGGAGAUGAUUGGACGUCACUGCACCUCGAUGAGCUUAUUCCAACCUUUGGAUUUCCUGGUGACAUAUACCAGCUACAGAGUAUGACCGUCUCAGAGAUUCUACAGAAGAGUUCUGCCUCAUGCUUUGUGGAAAAUGGCACAGAUGGAUGUGAAGAAAGUACAAAAAGAGAGGUGACCCUGGUAGACAAUGUGCUGCUAAUCAAGAAGUCUCUGCAAAAGGGCAUUUUGCAGCUGCAAGACAAGGCAGAUAAUACACACAGGGCAACAAAACGCAUAGAAAUUUUGCAUGGCUUACUUCAUAACAAAUAUAAAGUCUCAGAAGACUUCAUCUCAAUAUUACAGAGAAGAAUCAUCAGCCUUCUUUCAGUGCAAGAGAAAGGGGAGAAUUGGGUCACUACCCAGGCUUUGUCUGGGCACCUUGUUGCUGAGGGAGGGUCCUUCAGACACAUGCUAUGGGUUCACCUGGAAGACACUAUGGCAUCUGCCUUGGCCCAAAUCUUGGCGGUCAUUGAUGGGGACAACAACCUUGACAACCUCAUCAAUGAUCCAUCUCCUGAGAUGGUGGAGCUGUGGCUAAAGAUAUUUCAAGAGGAUCAGUGGGACCUGUUGAAUAUACCAGCUACUCAAUCUCAAGGAAAGGUGUGUGUUGUGUCAAGUACAAGACUGAAUGAUAAGUCAAGGUCCUGCCUUUUCCCAUUUGGCUGGGUGUUGAAAGAGAGACUGCAUUGUCUCUGGUCAAAAUUAAUAAAUCUUAAAGGUCCCUGUCCUUACCCACUUCUGGAGUACUUGGAAAAAUUUGAAGAGCUCAUUCCCCUGGACUGGGUGAAAAACAUCAGGGGAAGCAGUGAAUUGUUUGCCCGAUUCUCUGAAGACCUGGUGAACAUGACGAUGACAGCAUACCCACAUGACCUAAACAAGUCUUUCUCUAACACACUCCUUGAGCUGACCCCACGCCUCUAUCAUGAGUUAACUGGAAAAGAUCCAGAGAAUGUCUCUCUUCCCUGGCUGUUUGUUGCCUAUCAGUACAUGCAGGAUAACCAUCAGCAUUUCUACAAUUUGUAUAUCCAGGACAAUGACUUGGUGGAUGCUGGAGAGGCGACAGAGGCAUUGAAAAGGACAAUUCAAAGCCUCCGGCCAAAGGAAGACAUAAUGAAGGACUUUGCUGACUGCCAGGACUGGAUAAAGAAAGUCAAGUCAUUGUCGAUGUCAGUGGAAGUGAUGCUUUCUGAAAACUCCCUGGUGACCAGGCUUGGAGAAAAUGGGAUGCUACUCUUCACAGAAAUCAGGCUUUUUUGGCAAAGCACCAGGAUUAUGUAUCUUCUCAUGGACCAUCUUCUUCAAAAUGAGACAGACAUGGAGAAAAAACUUUUAACACUUCUCGUUCGAAAUCUCAUUUGGAUGUGGAAGAACCUUAACUCUGAGAAUGGAAAGAAUAUGGAAUAUGUGAUUGAGAAGGUCACAGGAGCCCUGACAAAGUGUGGAAAGAAUGCUUGCAAUAUUUUCAUGGUUAACUGUACAUAUUGUGAUAAAGAAUUUACAGAGGACAACACUGCUAAAGUGGAAUGUGGACACAUGUUUCAUCUGUCAUGCCUGAGGGAACACAGUGACAGAAGCUGUAGGAAAUGCAAGAAAGAGAUAAGCAUGGAUUACAAACCGUGUGGAGUUGUGGAUAAGGAAACUUUUCUGAAAGUGAACCGAUUCAGGAGAAAGUGCAGCUCUUUUUUUGUUGAGUUCAUGUGGAACUUUGUUCCUACCAAAGCCAAGCUGACCGACAAAAUAGUUGAAGAGCUGAUGAACUACGUGAGAGGCAGCCCAUCUGUAGAAGAUACAAAAUCUGAAAAGUCCACACUAGAGAAGUGUCUGAAGCCUGACCCUGCAACUUAUUCUCUUGUGCUGAAGAUUUUACUGAGAUGCGGAAUGGAGGAGUCAGCUACUCAGCUGCAGAGGUUCCUAGACACAGCUUUAAGCUCCAGCAAGGACAACACUGAGGAACUCUACUUCAUGAUAGUGCGCAGUAUAGAGGAUCACAUACACUCAUCGAACCAAGGGUGUCUUAUCGAAAAGGCACAACAGUGUCUCAGCACCUGCAUGUUGAGCAGAUCUGGCCCAGAUAACAUCACGGCUGAAGACCUUCAUACAAUUGCAAAAUUAAGAUUUGCUAUUUCAAUAGCCUCUGACGUGAUACACAAUGUGCUAGCAGAAGAUGAACAAGUAAUAACCGAUAAGGGAAAUGAGCAGCUGCUUCAGAGUUUGCACAAGCUCAUAUCCGAUUCAGACAAUCCAUGGAUACAGAUUUACCUACUGAGAAACCUGUGCGGAAUAUAUGGAUUCAGCCAAAUUCACCCACUGGGUAAAAGAUUUAUAUGGGCAAUACCCCAUGGAAGCUUCACAGAGCAGGACACAGCUGAGCAGAUGGAUCCGUUUCUCAUGUAUGGAGACCUGUAUGAACGUAUCAUGCUUGACACAAUUGAUCCAUCGCAGCAUAUUGCAGAGGAUGUUGACAGGAGCUCAGAAUGCUUCUCUGUGUGCAUGGCACUGGCAGCUGUCAAACAGGUGACACAAAACAGGAUGUUAUUAGGCAGUGAAGAUUCAUUGAUUGAAAAGAUGAAGGUGGAGCCCAACAGAGAUAUGAGAUGGAGGCGCCUUGUUGGAAUCUGUGAAAAAGUGACUGAGGGCGCUCUAGCAGAGCUGAGCCCCGGUCUGUCCCAGAUUGUGCUCCACACAGCUGUAGUGGUGCACCUGUCCCAAGCCCCUGAGGCUGCACUCCUGCGGACUCUGUGCUUCAGACCUGGAGAUGCCAAGGACAUCUUUUUGCCAACAAUGCCAAGUUCAGUAUAUGAGAUAAUGAGCUGGAUUAAGCCCACAGAUGAGAAUGAAAAAAACACGGUUUGGAGAUGUCAGUGUGGUGAGCCUGUUGUAAUUGGAAAUUGUGGGAGACCCUGGGUAACAGAUAAAUGUAUUAGCUGCGGCCAAGAUGUUGGCGGUGUGAUGCACAAACCAGUGGAGGGGUUUCAACAGACUGAAAAUGGAGAGGGUAGUGGAAGAGGCCAUAACCUCGGUGAUCCUGAGAGUCGGAAAGAUCAGGAAGGAGAGCGCAAUCUUUUUGGGGCUCAACUUCUUCUGGUCCAAGCCCUCAUUCACUCAUCUUUGAUUUGGGGCUCAGUGGACCAUCCUGAGGAAAUUCAAAACAUAAUACAGUUUGAAACAACCGAUGUAAGAGCAUACCUGUGCUGCCAUCUCCAGAAAGACAUUGACUUGCUUGCCAGUGCUCUAGGAAAAAGUAUUGAGGAUGCAGAAACGGCUGUCCACUUUUUCCUGAAACACAUCAUGGAAACUAAAACAGGAAAUGAAGACGAAGGAGAGGAUGGGCAAAAAGAGGAAAAAGAUGAGCAUGAUCAGGAUGAAGAAGAAGAGGUGGAGGGAUUUGAAGUGGAGGAAGAUGAAGAAGAAGAGGAGGAGGUGGAGGGAUUUGAAGUGGAGGAAGAUGAAGAAGUUAAAGGAGAGGAAGAAGAAGAGGAGGGGGAGGAAGAAGAAGAGCAACAUGACGACCUUGCAGAUGCAGACAACAGCAUUGCAACCACUGAAACUGAACAGAAAAGAGUGGAUUGGGAAACAUCAAUCCAUAAAAAACUGCAGACCUUAUUUGUGGACUUUGAGGACCAUUUCUCCAGUAUGCACAGUAACAUUCUCAGAAAGGGAGGGAUGAAGAAACUAGCCCAGAUAGUCUACAGCCCAGUACCCGAGUUGACGGACCUACCAAUCACAGGCGUGUGUAACCUUCCCCUGAUGUGGAGAUUUGAGCAGAGGAUGACAAUUCAGCUGCUCAAACACCUCAUUGAGCAGAAAGACGAGUGGAAAAACCUGCCAGUGCUCAAAGAGCUCCUGAAAAAUUCUACCCACAUACGGUACAUCAGAUAUCUGCCUCAAGUCCUCAGCCUGCAGCACAAACUGAUGCAUCACUUUCGCAAUGUGGAUCUGCAAUGCUAUGAGAAUGUGCCUAUCAGGACCUUUAUUAAGGAGAAUGUUCCAGAUGCUGAGAUUGAAGUUUUCAUUGAAAAUGUGGAUAUUGUGAAGAUAAUAUGGGGCCAUUUGACAACAAUUAAAUACCCCAGAAUGCCUAAAGAUGUGAUGGACAAGAAAACGGAAGACUUGAUGAUCCUGGACCUUCUACCCAGACAAAAAUCUGUCAUUUACACAGUGACAGACUACCUUGUUAGAAUGCAGAAUGACUGUAUUAACUGUGCCAACCCAAAAGAGAACAGGCUCAUCAAAACUAGUGAGGUCAAGCCUUCCCAUGUGAUUGACUGCACCCCUGAGCAAGACUUCUUGACAAUUGCAAUGUCCAACAUUGACCAUGUGGUGUGUGAAGACGGGACAGAGAGCACCAACUACAACUUUAAGACCCUGGAGAGGCAGAUAGUCGACCGCUUCUUCACAGAGAAACCUAUCAUCAACGUUACUACCAUUCCUUCAUUUGAGUACAACACUGGAACAACCCUUCGUGCUUUCUUCAGCAUGGUGAAGGAACGCCUGGAGCCUUUAAACACCAAUGAGCGGAACAGCAUCUUAAAUGACUUCAGGUUCCUGAAUGAGAUCUCAGCUGCCCUCUCUACACUGAAAAUUGCCAUUGGGUUUAUGCAGCUAUCAUUCCCUCCUGCUGAGGAGUACCUGGUGAACUACCUGAGGAAAGAGCUGAAGCUGGAGGAUAGAACACACACCCUCAGCUUACCGGUGCUGAGAACCAGCAGAGUGAAGCAUAUCCAGUCUCUAUGGGAGGUGCUAUCCCUGAGGCAGUCCUCCCUGCUGAUUGAGAUGAAUCAGAAUCCAUUCUUCAUGAUAGAGCCAGAGUUUCAUGAGGCGUUUUCUGAGGAUCAGAGGAAGGAAAUCACCCUCAAACUGGCAAACCUCAAGAAAGAGGACCUCUUCAUUACAGAACUGCAUUAUGUCAUCAUGAACAUUCAUCUGAAGGAUGUCUCUCCCGACUGGAGCUUGAAAGAAACAUUUGAUGCCUUUGUGGAUUUUGGAGAGAUGGAUGAGAAUGUGUUGGAGAGUGUGGAGUCUCUAGAGUUGGAGCUGGAGAUGAAGAACAGCAUUGCUCUGUGGAAAAUGGUUGUUAAGAUGAAGAGAGGCCUCUCUGGGUGAUGCCCACGCAGACCUUCCACAUUAUAUAGCUAAUUCACUUUUUGGUUUUUAUUUAACCUUUUAAAUCACUAGCAUAUAUUUCAGUUAUCCAUUAAUCAUUUAUCCUAUAACAAAUAGACUCUUGAUAAGUUUAACUUCUUUGCCUUUGACUGUGUUAAUGUGAUUCAUAAUGAGAUUGUUAUUUCACAAUCUGUAGAUUUGAAAGACACCCUAUUAGAAAGAAAUUUUAAUUUGAAUUUGUGUUAGUUAAUAAUUAAAUGGGUUCUCUAGUUUUAUAUUUAGUAAAUUUAGUAAAUCUCUAUCUUUUAUUUUUGUUUGAUUUGAUUUGGUGUAUCGUAAUUAAUCCGCAAUACUGCCAUGGCUAAUAAACUGAUUGAAGUAUU